UAGGGGAGGCAGCGGGAGGCUGGCCUUCCCCUUUAAGAGCAUCUCCCUACCACCCCUCCCUUAACCAGAAGCAAGUGCCAAAGUCCAGAGAGAGAGCCUUCAGCUCCAGAGGAAGCUGCCACUGUCAGCCUCGGCAUGUCUUACAGUGUGACUCUGACAGGGCCUGGGCCCUGGGGCUUCCGUCUGCAGGGAGGCAAGGACUUCAAUAUGCCCCUCACUAUCUCUCGGAUCACUCCAGGCAGCAAGGCAGCGCAGUCCCAGCUCAGCCAAGGAGACCUAGUGGUGGCCAUUGAUGGAGUCAACACGGACACCAUGACCCACCUGGAGGCCCAGAAUAAGAUCAAGUCUGCCAGCUACAACCUGAGCCUCACUCUGCAGAAGUCCAAGCGUCCUAUACCCAUCUCCACAGCUGCACCCCCUAUCCAGUCCCCACUGCCAGUGAUCCCCCACCAGAAGGACCCUGCUCUGGACACGAACGGCAGCCUGGCGACUCCCAGCCCCAGCCCUGAGGCGAGGGCCAGCCCAGGCACCCCAGGCACCCUGGAGUUCGGGGACACCUUUAGCUCUUCCUUCUCCCAGACUUCUGUCUGCGCCCCACACAUGGAAGCCCUGGAGCCUGUGCUUCCUCAGGGCAGCCCAGGGGUCAAGGCCAGACCAGAGGGUUCACAGGGCUCAGUCAGCCCCAAAGUUCUGCCAGGCCCCAGCCAACUGAGGCAGUAUAACAACCCCAUUGGCCUGUACUCAGCAGAGACCCUGAGGGAAAUGGCUCAGAUGUAUCAGAUGAGCCUCCGAGGAAAGGCCUCAGGUGCUGGACUCCUAGGAGGCGCUGACUACCAGGAACGCUUCAACCCCAGCGUCCUGAAGGAUUCAGCCCUAUCCACCCACAAGCCCAUUGAGGUGAAGGGCUUGGGAGGCAAGGCUACCAUCAUCCACGCUCAGUACAACACCCCAAUCAGCAUGUACUCUCAGGACGCCAUCAUGGAUGCCAUCGCUGGGCAGGCCCAGGCCCAGGGCAGUGACUUCAGUGGGGCAUCUCCGCUGGCGAGCCUGCCCGUGAAAGACUUGGCUGUAGACAGCGCCUCUCCCGUGUACCAGGCUGUGAUCAAAAACCAAAGCAAGCCGGAAGAUGAGGCUGAUGAGUGGGCCCGCCGGUCCUCCAACCUGCAGUCUCGCUCCUUCCGCAUCCUGGCCCAGAUGACUGGGACAGAAUACAUGCAAGACCCUGAUGAAGAAGCUCUGCGAAGGUCAAGCACCCCUAUUGAGCAUGCUCCAGUGUGCACCAGCCAAGCCACUUCCCCGCUGCUGCCUGCUUCUGCCCAGCCGCCUGCUGCUGCCUCUCCCAUUGCAGCCUCGCCAACCUUGGCCACAACUGCUGCUGCCCAUGCUGCCACUGCCUCUGCUGCAGGCCCUGCCUCAAGCCCUGUGGAGAAUCCGAGGCCACAGGCCUCUGCCUACAGUCCUGCAGCAGCUACUUCUCCAGCACCCUCUGCCCAUACAAGCUACAGUGAGGGUCCAGCUGCCCCUGCACCCAAGCCUCGGGUUGUAACCACGGCCAGCAUCCGGCCUUCUGUCUACCAGCCAGUGCCUGCAUCUACCUACAGCCUGUCCCCAGGAGCCAAUUAUAGUCCAACUCCUUAUACCCCCUCGCCUGCUCCUGCUUAUACCCCCUCGCCUGCACCCACCUACACCCCCUCGCCUGCACCCACCUAUACCCCCUCACCUGCACCCACCUACACCCCCUCACCUGCACCAGCUUAUACUCCCUCACCUGCCCCAAACUAUAACCCUACCCCGUCAGCUGCCUAUAGCGGGGGCUCUGCUGAGUCUGCCAGCCGUCCCCCCUGGGUGACCGAUGACAGCUUCUCUCAGAAGUUUGCUCCCGGAAAGAGCACCACCUCUGUCAGCAAGCAGACCCUGCCUCGGGGGGCUCCAGCCUACAAUCCCACAGGCCCACAGGUGACUCCUCUUGCCAGGGGCACCUUUCAGAGAGCUGAGCGCUUCCCAGCCAGCAGCCGGACUCCCCUCUGCGGGCACUGCAACAAUGUCAUCAGGGGUCCUUUUUUGGUAGCCAUGGGCCGCUCUUGGCACCCAGAAGAGUUCAAUUGUGCCUACUGCAAGGCUUCCCUGGCGGAUGUGUGCUUUGUGGAGGAGCAGAACAACGUUUACUGUGAACGGUGCUACGAGCAGUUCUUUGCUCCGGUCUGUGCCAAGUGCAACACCAAAAUCAUGGGGGAAGUGAUGCAUGCUCUGCGACAGACAUGGCACACCACCUGCUUCGUCUGCGCAGCCUGCAAGAAGCCUUUUGGGAACAGCCUCUUCCACAUGGAGGAUGGAGAGCCAUACUGUGAGAAAGACUACGUCAAUCUGUUCAGCACCAAGUGUCAUGGAUGUGAUUUCCCUGUGGAAGCUGGUGACAAGUUUAUUGAGGCCCUGGGGCACACCUGGCAUGACACAUGCUUCAUUUGUGCGGUCUGCCAUGUGAAUCUGGAGGGGCAGCCAUUUUACUCCAAGAAAGACAAACCACUGUGCAAGAAGCAUGCGCAUGCCAUCAAUGUGUAGGGGCCCAAGGUGGCUGAUGAGGGCCAAGCCCAGGCUGCUCCUGCUACCAACAAUGAAGGAGUCAAAGAAGCUGAUGUUUCUUCUUAGGGGGGAAAGGGAGCGAGAGGAAAUGAUUGAGCCCUUUUGAAGUCUAAUUUUAGUCUUUUCUUAUACACACAGAUUGUGUAUUUUCGUAGUUCAGACUGGAGGCCAAAAGAAGAUGCUGAAUCCAGCCAGUAAUUAAUCCAUGGCUGGAGUUGCACUUCAGACUUUUGGGAAAGGAUUCCAAGAAAUCAAAAGUGAAAAACAAAAAGCAAUGUUCAAAAACCAUAGGCUCCCUGACCAUCACUGUCACCAGCGUAGGGACAGAGCUCAGGGCAGUUAUGGAGAAGCCAAAGCAUGCAGCAGACUUCUGGAAAGCUCCUUGGCAAACACAACGAUGUGCCAAACAGUAUUUGCUGCGGUUAUUUUUAGACCAGCACUGAGAGCUCCUUAGCUAAGACCCAUUGGAUUUUCCUCACCAAAAAAGGAAGAGUUUUUCCAUUAGCACCCAGAGCCACCUUUGCGAAUUAGACUUCAGAUGUUGAACAAACUUGAAGCAGUAAGGGGAGCCCAGACAUGUGAGGCAGUGUCCGGCCCCCACUGGGCAAAUUGAAACGCUCCAGGGAGGUCUUUGGCCCAGGCCACUGACAGCUGAGAAAAGAGUUCUCUCUCUCUGCUUCUCCCCCUCUUUCAGUCUGAAACAUCUAAAGUCGUGGAAGGCUUUGCUCCUUUUUGAAUUGUCAUGGGAAAGUGAAAUUGGGUUUUUCCAGUUUUCCUUUACAAUGUAUCAGAAGAGGUUUGAAAAACAAAACAAAACAAAACUGGGGGUGGGGUUUAGCCUUUGUUUUGCUUUAAGAGGGCAUGAGUGAGUGUUCUGUGCAUGUAUUUCACCCUCUACCCACAACUGCUCACAUACGUCUUCCUCAUCACCACCCUCACAGAGGCUCAGAGGAAAGAAGAGAGACAACUGUCAAGCACAGGAUGGUAGAACAGGCUCUCCCAACUGUGCAUGGAGAGAGGGCUUUCUGUCAGCCUCUGGAGGAAUGCAUGGGCUGCAGGAUUUCAGGGCUGCACUGUUUACCUGCUUCUUUAAAAGCAGCACACCAAUUAUAUAAUCAGGCUGACUGCUUCAAGAGGGUUGGGGUGGGGAGAUUCGUUUGCCAUUUGGGCCAAUAAUCUGAACAUAGCUGAAUGAAUUUAGAAUAUUUAUUGAAAUAGACAUGGCCUUCAGACUCCUUUACAAUACAGGUGACUCCUUUACAGAUAGAGUUAGGGGAGCUUGGUGAAGCUAUUUAGAGGUAAAGAAAGCAGCUUCCUUUCUGGGUUUGGAGAUGGUGUGGCCGCUUUUUUUUCUAGGAAGUGCUGUUAGGAUGGAUGUUCAUUGAGACUGGCAUCGAAGCAGGGUGUGCGUGUCUGUGUGUCUGUUUGUCACUGGAGCACAGUAUUUAGGCACUCCACCAACUCACUGCCCCUCUCUCCUUGAUCCUGUUUUGGAUUUUUCUGUUUGCACGUUUGAAAUGCUUUAUGCAGUCAAACUCUUUUUCUUUUGAGAACUAAGGCUUCCUUCCAAGAGACUGCCAUUCUACUUAAGGGUCAUUCCAGCCUGGAAGACUCCAAAAUAGUUAGACAUAGCCUGGGCAGAAACUCAGUUUUUCUGUUUGGAAUCACCAAUCCCCUCCAGUCAGCACCAGGGAAGGUCAGAACUGCGCUCCUACCAAAUAACCCUUCUUUACUUUUUCUGCAAAGCUGCAGGCUGAGUAAAUUCUGCUGGGACAGCCUGGAGAUUUGUCCAGACAUGCAGAGCAAUACCUUGUACGGUCUGUUAUUUUUGGAAAGUUUGAAUAUUCAGGGACAAGGAGCAUGUUGAGUAAAGAGAAGAGUUCUAAGCAGUUGAUUUUUCAAAAACCUAUCUAUUUUUUAAAUGGUUAGGAACUGGUCUUGAGGAAGGGAAAUAAAAAUCCCUAUAGUUAUAUUUCUAAAAUUUACUUUAAAGAUUUUAUACGUGUGAACAGACACUGCUCCUAUGUAAUCAUUAUCAUUUUCUGUAGGACGUUUAACAAGAAAAUCAAAAUGUCCCAAAGGAAAGCAUCACCAUCAUUCUAUAUUAACUAGGGUUUUUUUUUUCUUUUUUUAAACAUUUAGUAGUUCAUGUAUAGUCUAGAAGAAUUUUUAUUUUUCAAAAACAAAACAUUUUAAGGGCUGGCUGUAAUCCAGUAGUACAGAAUUUCCUUAGAAUUCAGGGUGCUCUAGCUUCGGUCCCCAACACUGCCAAAACCAAUAUAAAGGUAGCAGAAAUGGAGCUAGUUCAAGAAUGUUCAGAGUGAGCCCGCAGAGUGUUAGGAUUCAUUAAGACUGUGUGGCAUUUGGUUAACAUCAUGGCUUUCCUGUGACAGCAAACAGUUUUUACCAGUGCACAGGAGGAAUAGAGUUUGUCUUGUCUUUUUAUUGUUGGCAUUAAUUUAAUAUUCUGAUAAACACUCUCCUUUUGCAGUAGAAUGGCUUGUAUUGGCAGUGUUUGUGUUAGCAAUCUAGCCUUUGUAAUGUGAACUUUUCAACCCAAGUCUUCUUGCUUUGGGGUCUUUUUCCUUUCUUUUUGUUAAGUUUUCUGAAGUGGAAUAUAAUGUGUUGGAGGUGUGCACAAAACUAUUUUUGCAUGUUUUUCUUUUUCUUUUGUUUUUCUUUUCUUUUUUCUCUUUGGUUCGUGUGGAUUCUUUUUAGCAAAUAAAAUUCAGAAAAAGA